CCCUCAGCAGCAGCGGCUUGUCCUGAUCGCAGCUCCAUAGUUGACUCGCUGAAACUUUAUUGUUUUUUCAACAGCGGACAGCGACGAACAACGGUUCUGACGCUGCAGCCUUUGAAAUGGCGUCGGUGCAGUCAAAUAGCGCCGUUACUUGUCGUUGUUGAGCUCGUGUAGGUCGCUUCAGGUGGUGGUUUCCUGCUCCAGUGUGAACCUCUGGCUCUGGCCAACAUACUCGGCUAUUACAGAGUUGAUAAACAAAAAAUGUGGUGAAGCAAAUUGUCAAUAAUUGACGUUGCAUAAUAAGGCCGCAGCUAACCCCGGGCUUGCGUAGGGAUUACAGCGGCUUUUGGAUGCUUGGCCCUGCCGCAGCUCGAUGUCGGUUUCCCGGUGAAUCCUGGUGGACAUGUGUAGUUAAAUCAGGAAUCUGGAGCUGAAGUGUCCGGCUUAUAGUUCAGAUCUACAGCAACAGUACCAUUCAUUAUGAAUUAAGUCUUUAAAUUGUUAAACAGCCGCUACUCCCAAAUUUGAAAUCCUCAGAAAUAAUAAUUGAUUGUUGGUUCUCACACACACACACUCGACAUGGCAUCAGUGCCAGUGUACUGCUUGUGUCGCCUGCCAUACGAUGUGACACGCUUCAUGAUCGAGUGUGACAUUUGUCAAGACUGGUUCCAUGGAAGCUGUGUUGGGGUUGAGGAAGACAAAGCAGCUGAGAUUGACCUAUAUCACUGUCCCAACUGUCAAGUCAGCCAUGGGCCGUCUGUCAUGCGCAAACGCCGUGGAGGCAACAAGCAGACAGAGAGUGGUGCUACUGGAGGGAGAGAUCCAAGUCGGCCCGUUAAGACCGGCAGUACACAGUUUGUUAGGGAGCUACGGAGCCGCACCUUCCCAAAUGCGGAUGAAGUCUUGCUAAAGCCUACUGGGGCCCAGCUGACAGUGGAAUUUCUAGAAGAGCAUUCAUUCAGUGUUCCUGUCAUGGUGCUGAGACGGGAUGGCCUAGGCAUGACCCUUCCCCCAGCGUCAUUCGGCGUCAGUGAUGUAGAGCACUACAUAGGAGCAGACAAAGAGAUUGAUGUGAUAGAUGUGUCGCGACAAAGUGACAUGAAGAUGAGGUUGGGAGAAUUCGCUGAAUAUUACAACAGCCCCAACAGAGAGAAAGUGCUAAAUGUCAUCAGCCUGGAGUUCUCUGAGACCAGGCUCUCAAACUUGGUGGAGACUCCAAAGAUUGUGAGAAAACUGUCGUGGGUGGAAAACCUCUGGCCUGAGGAGUCUGUGUUUGAACGCCCCAAUGUGCAGAAGUACUGCCUAAUGGGAGUGAAGGAUAGUUACACAGACUUCCACAUUGACUUUGGGGGCACCUCCGUAUGGUACCAUGUCCUCAGGGGCGAGAAAAUCUUCUACCUGAUUUCCCCCACUCCUGCCAACCUAGCGCUUUUUGAGCAGUGGAGUUCUUCAUCUAACCAGAAUGAGAUGUUUUUUGGAGACCAGGUUGAUAUGUGCUAUAGGUGUUCAGUUAAACAAGGAAACACAUUGUUCAUACCAACAGGGUGGAUUCAUUCUGUCCUGACUCCAGUGGACUGCCUGGCCUUUGGAGGAAACUUCUUGCAUAGUCUUAACAUUGACAUGCAGCUCCGAGCAUAUGAAAUAGAAAAGAGAUUAAGCACAGCAGAUUUGUUCAGAUUUCCCAACUUUGAGACUGUGUGCUGGUAUGUUGGAAAACAUCUUCUUGAUACCUUCAGAGGCUUGAGAGAAAAUCGCAGACACCCAGCCACAUAUCUGGUUCAUGGAGCUAAGGCCCUGAACAAUGCCUUCCGCGGCUGGACCCGAAAAGAGUCUAUAACAGGUCAUGAGGUUGAGAUUCCAGAAACCAUCAACACUCAAACGCUAGUGAAGGACCUGGCCAAGGAGAUUCGUCUGGUUGAGGAUAUCUUCCAGCAAAACAUUGGUCGCACUGGACCUCAGUUUCCUGGCUCACCAGUCUCGAAAGCUCCCCUGACCCCCUCUCAGAAUUCAGGACGCCCCCCUGGAAAAAAGAAAACACCCAAACCUAAAGAAGUGAUUGGGGGCAUUGCGCCCCCAGGAACCAAGAAGAAGAGUCAAAAGGGGCUGCUUAAAGCAGAAGCAGGAGAACUGGACCUCAUUGAGAUCCACACCAAACAUACACUCAAGAAGUUCCACAGUGGUAAAUCCAAAAACAAGAACAAGUUGGAUUUGCCAUUAGAAGAACUUGAAGGGAAGCUAAAUAAAAGCAAACUAAAACUUGUGCUGUCUAAUGGAAAAAUCCAAGGUAAGAAGGUUGGCAGUAAUGGUGCAGGAGGUGCGGCAAAGUUCAAACAUCUUGCCAUGGAGGGAUCCAGUCAGUCUGACCUCGAGUCUGAGGACGAGCUGCAGAUUGAUGAGACUCCACCUCCACGUCGGAAACCUGCAGGACCCAACAAGAAAAAGAAACUAAGCGGUCUUCCUAGAAAGCUGCCCAGAGCCAAACCGUGCUCUGACCCCAAUCGCAUCAGGGAGCCUGGAGAAGUAGACUUUGACAUUGAGGAGGAUUACACAACAGAUGAAGAGGCACUGGCUGCUCAUGGAGUGAAGGGUGGAGCAGGGGGCAUUCUGGACUUAUUGAAGGCCAGCAAACAAGUAGCAGGCUUGGACUCUGCAUCUCUUAGUGAGGAAGCCCCAGCCUCUCCAAGUACGCGGGAUGCCAUUCAGGGUAUGCUGUCCAUGGCCAACCCUCCAUCCUCGUCCUCAUCUUCCUCCUCUUCUUCUCCCUUAUCCAUCUCUGGAGGCCUGACAGAGGGAUUGGGGGUGGUCAAGGAAAAGGGCGGCAGGGCUGUGUGGAUGACUGGAGGGGUUAAAAAGACAGGAGGUCCUGAUAAGAAACCAGUCGUCCAGCGGCCUGGGAAACGGCCAAUUAAACGUCCAGCGCGUCACUUUAGUGAUGAGGAGAGUCCAGAUGAGCAAGAAACUCUGGGAACGUGUUUUAGAGAUUCUGACUAUGUUUACCCAUCCUUGGAGUCUGAUGAGGAGGACCGUGCCAACAGGGCUAAGGCAAAGCGCAAGAAAAACUGGGAUGAUACACCUUGGAGCCCUAAAGCCAGAGUGAUGCCCACCCUUCCCAAACAAGAUCGGCCAGCCAGAGACGGGGCUAGAGUUGCAUCUGUAGAAACUGGUCUUGCCGCUGCUGCUGCCAAGCUGGCACAACAAGAACAGAAAAAGCCUGCUAAAAGGAAGUACAGCAAAAAACCGCGUCCUCCUGCUCCAGUAGUUGCUCCUCCCCCUGUUGAGACUGAGGCAGCCCCAGCCUCCCCACCACCUGCUCCAGAGUCUACAGCAGACUUCAGCCCAGAAAGGAGAAUGGAUUACUUCUCUGCUAGUCUGAUGGACCAUGAAUACACAGCAGGACCAGGACCUUUUGGCCCUGGAGGCCCUAGAGGUAGCGGAGCCAUGGCCCCUGGUGUGUUCCUCACAUCUCGACGCCCUUCCCUGUCUCCGCAGAACAGCAGCUCUCACUCUGCUGUGUCUCCUGCAAGUUCGGCCAGCCAAGGCACAACAGGAGUUGGUCAAGGGAAACGCCCAAAGAAAGGACUUGCUACUGCAAAACAGAGACUUGGAAAGAUUUUGAAAAUUCAUCGCAACGGCAAACUUCUCUUGUGAGAGAUGUUGGAAACAUAGCCGAAAAGAUGUUGGAAAUGUGGGAAUCAAGAGAAAUGAUUUUGUGGAAGUAGGUCUGAAGGAAAUAGAAAUAGUAAUCUAUAUUUUCUACUCUAGAUAAAUUUGUUUACUGUUUUCACCUGUUAAUUGAACCCCACUAUAUUUUGUCCUACACCAAGUCUUCAGCACAAGUAGCAGUCUGUUUUGGCACUUCACCUAACAAUAUCUUCAUAAAGAUAUUUUCAGAGGCAUAUCUGUUACCUAAAACAGAUCACUGUAAUGCCCUAGAUAUACACUCACUCUGGUAAAUAACACAUUUGACAAGUGUUUCAAAAAUGACAGGUGGACAGCGAUUUAACUAGCUAGAUUAACUAGCAUAAUAAAUAAAGACUGAAUAGUUUUCCUUUUUUUUCUUUUGCUUAUAUCUUUGGCCAUUUGUAGAGGCUGUAUUUAUGCAAAUACAUUGUACUGUCCAUCUUAAUUUUUUUUUAAAGGGAAAGAAAAACAACACAUUGUCAGGUAAAAUUACCCCAAUCCCGCAUAAACGAUGACAGCCAUGCAGUUGUAAUAUGAUAUUUCCUUAAUUUUACCUCAUAAAUCCAUGCGCGGUAUGGUAAUCACAGCAUGCCAACCUUUUACAAACAAUGAACACACCUAAUAUGCACUUGGUCAGCACUCAGUAUGAAACUGCAAUUAAAUGAAAAUGUAUUAGUUUUACAAAUUUCUCACUUGCCCCGCUCAGACCUGGUAUUGACAUUGAUCAUGUUAGAUCCGAUCAAAAGUGUGUGUGCGUGCGUGUGUCCUAAAUAUUUGUCCUUUGACCACCUGGGAUGAGAUCUCACUUCUGUGCUCAGUAUGCAAAUACAUAUGCACGUCAUUUAAGUUCACUAACACCAAACUAUGCUGCUUUUAGCCAGUCCUGAGUGUACGGAUUUCUCAAUUGUAGAUGUGUUUGUGUGUCAGCACAAGUGACAGAGCAGAGACAGGAAGGCAGAUCUUUUUUUUGGUUGAGUUUUUACUCAUUUGAAAAAAAUAAUAAACAUGUGGUAGUCAGUGUUAAUACACUGGCCACAAACAAAUCAAUUCAUGGGAAACAGGAGAAGUGUAAAAAUACUUCUGUUUCUUAUUAAAGUGCAGCACGUCAGAGGAUGUUAACUGAGUAGUUGAAAUUCACAAGUGGCCCAGGACAAACUUGUGUUCACACAACUAAAAGAAUGUGGCAACAUGGUCCCAGACCACUUUCGAAUGUGGUCUGAAUGACUGACUUGGUCUCAAAUGUGUCCUUAAUCUGUUUUGUAUCUGGUUGCUUUCACACCUGUACUAAAAGCUGUUCACUUAUAAUUGGAUCACUCACUACAAACUCUAAUAUCAGGUCUCAAUGGGGUCGCUGUUAUUUGCAAUCCAAUUUUCCUCCACUGUUGUUCUACACUUAAAAUAUUAAGCCGGCAAUGUGAUACAGUUCUAUUUAUUCUGAUCAUAUUUAACAAGACAAUGCUUUGUCGCCUCCUAGCCUGUUUUACUGUCGAAUGUUUGUACCACCUCAUCUUCUUGCACCCCACUUUUGUUAUUUUCAACCAUUUAAUACCUGUACAAACAUUUAGUCAUGAAUUUGUUACAAUUUUUUACAGUUUAAGUUGUCAUUGUAAAUAUUUGUAAUAUUUGUAAUUUAUAUAGCUACAUUGGAAAAGCUGAAGAGACUAGUCUGCUGCAGGUUGCCAUAAUCUGUGCCCCAAGUAUUUGCAGCAUUCUUGGAUUAGACAUACACAUGUGCUUUCUUUCCACAGAAUGUACUAGUAAUAAAAUGUUGGCAGAAAUGCAGAUUUAACUGUGUGAAAACAUUGUGAAGGUGCGAAAUAUCAAUUCAUAUGUAAAUAUAUGUUGUAAUUUAAGUUCUUUUAUAGUUCAAACAGUUUGAAAUCUUUCUUAACAUAACUUGUACAUGAUACAUUGCUGUAUUUGGAAAAUAUCGGAAAUAGUUCAUUUUUUAUAUUUGUAUGCAGUAAAUGUCACGCUUAGUUUGUCAUGUCUUGUUAGUAUAUUAUUGGAAGUGUUCUUGAUAAAAAUGCCCUUGUUAAAUUUCAUCAAUUUAGUUUUAUAUGAAUUGUUAAUGUUCACUCUUGUGUUGGUGUGUACUUUGUGUUUUAAACAUGAUGUGUUUAAAUACGACCUGGAAAAGAUAAAAUACAUGUUGGGCCAAAA